GUUUUUUUAUCAUUUUUUUUCUUCAUUGGGUAGCUAGAUUUAGUUUUAUAUUCUGUUUGUUUUUGCUAAUUUUGUUAUUAUCUUUAUUUGUAAGUUGUUACUUUAUUUUUGUUUGCUUCAUUUGAUGUCAAGUUCAAGUACAAUAGGAAGAACCCUAAAUUGACAAUCUUGGGUUUAGAUUCUAGAUGGAUGAGUUCUGAUUUUGUUUCUAGAGGUGUUUCUAGUUUGACCAUAUUUGUUAACUUAAGUUGUUGUUUUUUGUUCCAAUGGUGUUGUGUUUCAUGUUUGAGAUUGGUAAUGCUCUUUUGCUAAUUUGCUUAACUGCUAUUUGUAGUUAGUUUGUAAUUUUGUGAUUUACCGGGGAAUAGAUUCGGCUUGUUAAGUUUGGUUUUAAGAUUAUGGAAAGCUAAUAGUUUGGUUAAUUCAAUACACGGAAACAUCUUUGUGUAUGUUUGGUUCCACUUUUGAAGGGAAGUUUCUUUAUGCUUAAAUAGCAUUUUGGGCGAAAAAGGUAUACAACAGUUCUUAAGAGUUCCAAGAUUGUGAAUGCUGCUUCAAAUUUCGAUAUAGUGACUUCACUGGUCAGUUACUAAAGUUUAAAACUUUUUUUUGACUCAAACUUUUAAUAUUUUCUUCGUCUAUAAAUAAAAAAAUGAUGGUUUGAUGCAACAAACUCUAGAAAACGUUUCUAUACGAAAGCAUGGAUCCUAGAAAUGAAUACCAGCCGGGAUUGCCGUCAGUAAUGCCUGAUCACAUGGAUGACAUUUAUACGAGUAGAAGACCGCAUGACCUCAAUACAACAGAAGUUAAACCGGUACAACAUUACUCGAUACAAACGGGCGAGGAAUUCGCUCUUGAGUUUAUGAGAGAUAGAGCAAAUCUUGGUAAGCCUGUAUUUCCGAAUGUCGGUGAUCCGAAUUAUGCAACUGGUUAUAUGGAACUGAAAGGUAUUUUAGGUCUCAGUCACGCAGGAUCUGAAACUGGAUCAGACAUUUCUAUGCUAUCAAUGAUGGAGAAAUAUCCUAAAGAGUUUGAUAGAAGCCAAUAUGGAUCAAUUCAAUCAAUACCAAGAUCUUCACUGAAUCAGGACAACAGACAGUUUGUGCAUGGAUAUAGCUCUUCCGAAAGUUAUGAUAACUCAUCAAUCAUGAUGAAGUUCCUUUGCAGCUUCGGUGGUAGAAUAUUGCCACGGCCACGUGAUGGAAAGCUAAGGUAUGUUGGAGGCCAAACACGUAUUCUCCGUAUAAGAAAGGACAUAUCUUAUCACGAGCUCAUUCAGAAAGCAUUGGUGAUCUAUAACCAGGUUCAUACAAUUAAGUAUCAGCUUCCUGGUGAAGAUCUCGAUGCUUUGGUAUCUGUGUCAUCUGACGAGGAUAUACAGAAUAUGAUGGAAGAAUAUAAUCAUCAAGAAGAUAGAGAAGGAUCACAAAAACUUAGGAUGUUUUUGUUCUCGAUCAGUGAUUUGGAGGAUGCUCAGUUUGGUCUCGGCUGCACAAGUGACGAUUCUGAAAUCCAAUAUGUUAUUGCUGUUAAUGGCAUGGACUUGGAAUCAAGAAAAAACUCAACCAUGGUCGGUUUCAGCUAUUCUGCAAACGAUAUAAAUGAAUUGGACAGGCAAAAUAUUGACGGUGAGGCUAAUGGCAAUGCUCCCCUGACACACAAUUUUGACCCGACAUUGGGUACUCAUUUUUCACAACCAGUGCUACCAACUUCCUCAAAUUCAUACGAAAUGUAUCCAAUGUUUUAUGGCGAUCAAAUGAUGCGUCAUGGUGAACCUAAUGGUCAUGAUCAAUAUCUUAUGCAUCAUGGUGUUGUUAAUCCUUCUUAUAAACCUCUUUUUGAAGAGACUCCUAUUAAUAUGCUUCCUCAUAUGCCAAAUAUUCAACGAGGGGUUAUAAAUGAAGGCUAUCUGCCUAGCGGAUUACAGGUACAAAAUGCAGAAAUACCAGAAACUUUGGUGAGAAUGAUGGCCGAUACUUCAAUUCAACAAGAAACACUAUCUCCGUCUCCUUCCCAACUGUUUGACGGUUACUCAAAAAAUGAUAAUCCCGAAGCAGCGGCUGCAGUUACUGCCGCAGAGGGAUAUCCAUUGCCUCCAACAAGAACGAACCAGUUCCAGGAUUAUGACGAGGCUUCUUCUACUUCCAGCAGUGCAUUUGGUGCUGGUCCUUAUGUUGAUUCCCGCUCCAAUGCAGUUGACUUGAGUAGUCUUCACCCUCCCCCUCUUCCUAAAAGAGUUUAUUAUUCAGAAAGAAUUCCAAGGGAGCAAGUAGAGUCGCUGAACCGUUCCUCAAAGUCGGAUGAUGCGCACAAUUCUCAGUUUCACGUUACAGAUUUACUCUCUGGUGUCAACUCACAGAAUUCAGCUGUAGACUCUGGUACCAACUUGCACGAUGGUAAUAUGUCUAAUCUUGCCGAGGAAUCGAGCAUCACAGCGAAGCCCUUGCAUGCAGAUGGCGAAGGAAACAAAGAUAUCUUAAACAAGGACAAUGCUGUUAUGUUGGAAACGGAAAAUUAUCGUGAUGAUAACCAUGAAAAAUCCCCGCUUGAAGGUAAAUCAGACAUCCCUUUGAAAGAAUCAAACAGUGAUUCAAACAAUGAUUUUAAAGUGCAAGCACUACCUGUUCCUUUGACUGCGAAAGUUGAUUCAGACGCACCAGGUGACAUUCUUAUUGAUAUUAAUGAUCGAUUCCCUCGUGAAUUGCUUAAUGAUAUGUUUUCGAAAGCAAUACUAGAAGAAGAUUCCUCUAGUCAACAUCCAUUAGCUUCAGAUGGAGUGGGUUUAAGUAUUAACAUGGAAAAUCAUGAACCUAAAAGUUGGUCAUAUUUUCAAAAAUUGGCGCAAGAUGGGAUCGGUAAUGCGUCUCUUAUUGACCAGGAUCAUCUUGGUUUUUCACCUGCUAUAGUUGGAGAUAAUAGAGCUCAACAUGUUACACCUUUAACAACUGAUGAAGUUCCUCUAAACCGAGCAGAAUUCCAUCUCAAUUUUGGCGAAGAAAUGCAGAAAGACUUGCACGGAGAAAAUGCAACUGAAACUACUGUUCUGCAAUCAAAUUAUGAUCAGUCACAAAUUAAUGACACUGAAAGUAUGCAAUUUGAUGCUAUGUUGGACAACCUAAGAGCACAAGAUUCAGAAUAUGAGGAUGGGAAGUUUGAAAAGAAAAAUAACAGUCUACCUCCUCUUGAUCCUUCUUUAGAAGAAUUUGAUAUGAGUACCUUGCAGGUAAUAAUGAAUGAAGAUCUUGAAGAGCUGAAGGAACUAGGUUCUGGUACCUUUGGGACUGUAUAUCAUGGAAAAUGGCGAGGAACAGAUGUUGCCAUUAAGAGAAUAAAGAAAACAUGCUUUACUGGUCGAUCAUCUGAGCAAGAGAGACUGACUGUUGAGUUCUGGCGGGAAGCUGACAUUCUUUCCAAGCUUCAUCAUCCAAAUGUUGUGGCAUUUUAUGGUGUGGUGCAAAAUGGACCAGGAGGAACAAUGGCAACCAUUACGGAGUAUAUGGUGGAUGGUUCUCUUAGGCAUGUAUUGCUACGUAAUGAUAGGUAUCUUGAUCGUCGCAAGAGGCUGAUAAUUGCAAUGGAUGCAGCUUUUGGAAUGGAAUAUUUGCACUCCAAAAAUAUUGUGCAUUUCGACUUGAAAUGUGACAAUUUACUUGUAAACUUAAAAGAUCCUUUACGGCCAAUAUGCAAGGUUGGUGAUUUUGGUUUGUCAAAAAUUAAACGAAAUACCUUGGUUUCUGGUGGAGUGCGAGGCACUCUACCUUGGAUGGCACCAGAGCUGCUCAACGGUAGCAGCAGCAAGGUCUCAGAAAAGGUGGAUGUGUUCUCAUUUGGCAUAGUACUAUGGGAGAUUCUUACUGGUGAGGAGCCAUAUGCCAAUAUGCACUAUGGUGCAAUCAUAGGUGGAAUUGUUAACAACACACUAAGACCAACAAUCCCAAAUUAUUGUGAUAUUGAAUGGAGAACACUUAUGGAGCAAUGUUGGGCACCAAAUCCUGCAGUUAGGCCAUCCUUCAGCGAAAUAGCGAGUCGAUUGCGCAUUAUGUCUACGGCAGCUAGCCAGACCAAAUCACCAGGACACAAGGCAUCCAAAUGAUCGAAACAAAUACUGAUGCUAACUAGUUUUUCCUAUCUUAUACCAAUAUAUUAUUGGCAUGGAAGUAUUUGAUGUCAAGAGUCACUGCAAUUUUUUAUGUCAUAAGUCUCUUGUAUUUUGUUGUAUCACUAUUUUUUAUGAUUGAAGUAUUGUUAUACACCAAACUGCAUUCACAGAAGUUCGGAAUAUUUUUUUCUGUUUAAUUAGCAUUUUUUUUAGUUCC